AGCAAUGGCUGAACACGAAAAUGUUUCGUUACGGUUACACAAAGGUAUUUUCCUGGCAAUACCUCAUUUGCAUAAAAUGAAAUUUGCAGUUUUGGAAAUAGGAAAAUGUAAUGCAACAGAGAGUAGAUCAUUUACUGAUGCAGAUUGUAAGUUUGACAUGAUAAAGAUGGAGAGGGAAGAAGAAGAGUUGAAACAUGAAGUGAGGUCAUUGAACGUUAACUUCUCUACCUUGUUUCGACCUGGACUCGAAUUUUUAACCUUAUGCCACGAUAAAAAUAUUGAAGAUAUCAAAAAGAUGGACAAAGCCCAAAUGGAGGCAAUGUUUCUCCUAAACAACUAUUUUCAAAGUAUAGGUUUGCAUGAAGAAAGUCUGAUCAAAGUGUUCAAUUACAAAGAGUCUGAAGAAGGAGAAAGUCAGAGUCGUACUAAACAAACAGCCCCAACGGAAACAGAUAUCACUGUUGCAUUUGCCGAACACCUUCUUGGAAGACUUGCUCCAGGGCAAUCAUAUAUCAUUGAUUACAAAGCAAAAAAGAAAGGAAAAUGCAAAUGUGGAUGCAAUGUGGACCCAAAAUUUGGAAGUACAGGCAUUGGCCAUGAGGAGGUAUGGCAUGGCCACAUUGAUAUUAUAUUUUCAUCAUAUAACCUUGAAGAAGAUCAGUGCAUUGCAAACUGUGAGAAGGAUCUAGUUGUUGCAGAUUGUAGUACCAGUACAUUUACCCCUUUGAAAAAAAAGGAAAGAAGAUGGUAUGAGGUCUCUCCUGGAGGUAAAACGAUUACAGAAGUGAAAGGAACAGCUGUUGGAACAAGUGAACAAGCCAUAGCUCAGACCAUUGUAUUUUCCUUACUUCAGAGACAGCGACAUCCUAAUUUUCCUAAUUGUAUGAUACCAAAUAUACUUGUUUCACCAGAAUAUAUUCAAAUUAUCAUGUAUGAUGCAGUGAAUGACGUCCUGCUGUGCAGCAAUUUUAUUGAUUUAUUUAAUGUAAAUGCAGAUGGCUGUCUCUCAAGUGAAGCUGUUGUUAUUCUUUGGCUUGUUUUACACUACAGAAUUUUUUGUUGUGGAUUAGUUUUUGAGGACACUGUGGAAGCUGACAUUUAUAAAUCAAAUUUUCAAAUCUUGGCCAAGGAAAAGUGGAAUAUUUAUACAAAUCAGUUAAAAAGCUGUGUUCCAGGAUUCCCUAUUUUAGAGAAAGAAAUCAAAGUUGAUACAUGGAACAGAAAAGUUCUCCAAGGAACAGAGUAUUGUAAGGGCAUGAAGAAAAAAAAAUAAAAGAAAUUUUACUGCUGCCUAAAUACAAACAAAUCAAUCCUAAUACUGUAAACCAUUUUUUUUCGUGUGUGAGAAAUAUCAGCAAUUUCGUGAAUAACUUUAACUUGCAAAUAUUUAUCCCCACAAACCGUUUAUUUUCCUGUGUUUUAGUGUCUUGGAUUGAUUAAGAAAUCGUGAAUAAAAGAUAAUGUAAGUAAUAGUUGGUUUACAGUAUUAGUGUCAACUAAUUGAAGAAGAAUAGAAAACAAUUAUUGCAAGCAAUUUACGUUCUCAGUUUUAAUGAUGAAUUCAACUUCCUAGACUUGGAAUUCACAGAAUGAGACAGUUCUAAGUAUAUAAUAAUAAUUGAAAUACCAAGUUUUGUGUUGCAUUCUAUUUGUAAUGCUGCACAAAAUUCAUAGUGAAUCUACUAAAGGCAGGCAGAAACCUAAGGGUUAAAAUAUAUGUAAAUACAAUGUUUUAAGCUCACCCAAGCCAAAGGCUCAAGUUAGCUUUUCUGAUAGAAAUUUUAUCUGUUGUUUUCGUAAACUUUUUACAUUUUCGUCUUCGCAAGAAGUGAACCAUUUUCAACCAAAACUUUCCACAUAGUAUCCUCUGGUACAUGGAUUUUUUGGCCCCACCUUCUUCCAAGGGGAGACCAUUAUGAUUUCAUGAAAAAUUAAUGGCAUCAUUUUAAAUAUUCUCAAUUACCACAUUGCUAGAAAUUAUGAAACUUAUGUGGAAUUAUUGUGAAGUAGUAAUAGAUUCAAAUCAUAACCCAUUGAGGUAGGGUGGGCCCCAAUGGAGGAUCAAUUGCUUUUCUAUUCUUGAUUAGUUUAAAUGCAUAUUUUGGUUCCCAUACUCUGCCUAUGGAUAAUAAUUAAUUAAAGCAAUAUGAGCUGUAUCUUGAAAACUUUAUUUUGAUUGUAAAAUGUGCUGUUAUGAUUAAUUUGUAUGUAAUUUAAAUUCUUAUGACCAAUAAGUCCAAAAUAAAGUUUUAAAAUGUUAUAUAA